AUGUCUACAGAAAUAAAAGAAGAAAAAGAAGCGGAAAAAACAGAGAAAAAAGCAUUUUCAGUUCCAUUUCCUGUUUUAUCUGUUAGAUCAAUUGCCAAACAAUCCGUUUCUACAAACGAUUCUAAAAAAGGAAUUACAAUUAAAGCGGGUCAUAUUCUUUCAAUAGCAGCAGGCAAAAUGCUGCAAGAUGUUGCUAAAGAGGCUGCUGAAAUAGCCAAAAAUACAGAUCAACACAUCAUUACAAAAGCAGUUUUAAUUGAAAUUUGCUUAAAGCAUCCAAAAUAUAGAUUUAUGAUACCUCUCAUCAAGCAAUCAGAAAUGCAACAAUAUUUUGGACCUGCUACUGAGCUUUCUCGUAGAUUAGCAACAAAUAUGACGAAUCGUGCACAACCACUAGCAAUUCCUUUCGUUGCUCCUAACCCACCAGGUAGAUCAACCAACAGUGAAGAAGAUGCGCUCAUUAGAGAGGCAGAAAAUGCUGAUGCGAUUUUUCACGCUCUUACGCGCAGUAUUUCUGCUUAUCAAGUUAAAGUACCUUCUUUUUUAAUACCAAAACGUUUAGAUAAUUGA